AUGACUACAAUUCCAUUUCUUCCAAUCGUACACUACAUAUAUUCUGGUAAAUAUCAAAGCAAAGGUGAAAAAUUAUUAACUCCGUUUCAUUGGCUAAUGAUUCGUAAUGGUUAUCAAGUAAAAGUUGGGAAUAGUGACUUUACCAGUGGAUCGAUCGAAUUAACAAUCGAAGAUUAUUUUAAUAUCGAUGGUGAAUUCAUUAAUUUACCACAGUUAUUCGAUACUGUUGAAUUAGCCAUGAGUGGCACUCUUGAUGAAACACAAGCACAAGCAGAGCCCAAACGUGCAUCAACUUUUGCGCAAGAUACACCAAUUUAUUCACAAGGUACAUCAACUUAUUCGCAAAGUCCAUCAAUUUAUCCACACGAUUCACCAACUUAUUCACAAAGUUUAUCAACUUAUCCACAAGAUACACCAUUUUAUCAAGAAGAAUUUUUACUUGGUCAAGCAGGUGGAUUAAUUGAUCCUCAAGCUGAAGCACGUCAUCCACAAGAUUCGUCAUUUGAUCAAUGA